AUGCUUCCCUUUAAUAUACCGUUAAAUGCCUCCUCAACGUCGGGUUGCCCUGCUGGUUCCUCUUUAGCAAACGAAAAGGAAGCAGCAAUGGUUCUUGUUGGAAUCAACAUCGUGGCAAGUAUUUUAGGCACCUUGGGUAACUUAUUCGUAUGCAUUACAGUGUGUACCACUCGAGGCAUGGUCUCAAGUUUUCAUUACUUCAUCGUAAGCCUUGCUGCCGCGGAUUUGAUGGUUGCACUCUUGGAUCAACCUCUCCUCGUUUCUAUGAUUUUUGCACACGUAAAAUUCAAAUGUAUUCCGGUCGUGGAUAAAAUGUUUCGCGCAAUAGGCAACUUUGCGUGUGCUGUCUCGUUGUUGACACUGGCCUUGAUUGCUCUCGAUCGGUGCUUGUUUGUAUUGCCAUCGAUUAAUUACAAGAAUACGAUGACAACAGGAAAAAAAAUAGUUUUAGCAGUGGUGUGGACUUUAGCUGGUGGAUACGCUGCCCUAAGGCUCACUGUGAACAAAACGGUCACAUCCUAUCUUACUGCCGCCGUGUUUGGCGUUUGUUACGUAGAGAUGAUUCUAUGUUACACUGUAGUUUAUUACCAAGUCUUCAAACAGCGCGAAUUUCUCAAAGAGUCACGUGUGCGCUCUGAGACAACAGAGCAAGUCGAAUCACUGGAAAACAAAGCCCAGGAAAAUACUUCAGAGCGGCGUUUUGCUCGCACGAUCGUUAUGGUUUUGUUGGUUUUCACGGGAGGAUGGUUUCUCCUUUUCUAUCUUCGGUUGACACAACCUGAAAAGAACUACGGAAUCAUGUACAAUACUGGACGCACUGUGGCACUUUCAGCUUCUGCCAUAAACCCUGCACUAUACUGCCUCAAUAAUAAAGAAUAUCGGCGAGCGUUCAAAAGUAUUUUAAUGAAAUUCGUCUGUGUUCGUUCAAAGAGAAAGCGAAGGGAAAACUAUGAACGGAUUAAGUGAAAGCGGAAGUGCAACUCCGGAAGUGAAACUUAGGAAGUGACCGUGACAUACUCACGUGACUAUGAGACAUUGCAAAGUCACAGUGGUGUGGAGGACAUUGCUGUGUAAAAGUGAAAAAAUAAUGAAACAAUAUUAAGACGAUAUGUAGCGAAAUGGAAAAGUAAGUGAGUUUGUUCUGCUUUGCUAAUCUUUUAACUAGAUUUAAAUUUUUGUUUUGGACCAGUCCUUACCGAAAAAAAUCGUAUACAGGAUAUACAACUUGAUUUCCAGGGUGUCUUCUUUCCGUCUUCCGUCUCUCGCUCCUCUUGGUGGGAAGACGGGUUAAGUGGGUAUAUUUCCGUGGACCGGAAGUCUUUGUGAGGACGUUUUCGUUGCUGGUGUGCGAUCUACAUGUUUUGUUAGAAAUUCUUUUUUUAGUCUCCAAGAUUUUCUGUUUUCGUUUAGAUCAUCGUUCAGGGCACACAAUUAAUGAAAGAGGAGACACGGGAAACUUAGUGAACGCAAAAGUUACAAAUUAACAUUUAAUUGUAAUGCGUAAUUGAAAAUUCUUAUAUUGAUAAUUGCGCAAUAUAAGUCUAUAAAUUAUUUUUAUUUUAAAUUAAACGGUCAUUCUCGCACUCUUUCUAUGGAAAAGGAAUAGAGGAGUAUAUGUGUGUAUAUAUAUAGAUACACAGAUAGAUAAAUAGAGAUGGAUUUAGAUAUAAAACUUAAGAAAAUAUUAAAUAAAAAGUAAAAAGUAGGGAAAAAAGAGCCGUAGACAUAUGUUAAAUACAUCCAUAUGUUAAAACUGGUUUAUUGAGCUCAAUUUACAACAACUCUCUGUCUCAAACAGGGUUACGAAAUGUUCAGUAGUGUCAAGUAUGGAUAGGACUCCAAGAAAUCUUCCUAACCCACCCUCUUAAUUUAUGAUUAACUACUUCUCUUGAGUGAUCCCCCGGCCAACUCCGUGAGCUGACAUUAAAGGUUAAGGGAAAAAGUACGAAAUAAUAAGUAAAGAUUUUUUUUUUCGUCCAUCACUCUAAUGAUCCUAUGAAUCUAUGUCACAACCUUGCGGUUGAUUGCUUUUGAUUGUUUCUCAAAAUGUGCGCUUAAGCCUGAGGAGAAGGCAGGACCUAGUCUCUUACCCAGACCUUCCCAGGCCAAGGCUUUAGCCAGACCUUCAACGGCCAUGCCAAGCGGUUGUAUAUCUUUACACGUUAGAAUCUGGGUACGAGAUUAGGCUGGACCAUGAAAUGUUAAUGCAAAUACGAAAAACUUGGAUUGGCCUUUUAGCUUGGCAGAUAGGGAUGAAUUUGCGUAACUUCUGGCAUGAAAAUGCUUUUUUUUUAUGAACAGGUGGCAGGAGCCCAAGUAAUGGGCUCCUAACAGGUGGUAAACAUUUCGUGCAAAAGUGUAUUUAUUUCUAGCAUGCCUCGACUUCUUGCAUAUUGGCUGACGAUAUUUAACGUUUGACAGUGAAAAUAUUGCAUUUUUGAUGGUUGACGGUUUACACUAUUGAGACCGUCAUGAAGCGGUGCCUAAUGUUGUUUUAUUUCAGACGAGUAAGCAUGUUCACGUUAUCAUCGUGAAACCGCAAGGAUACUUGGGAAUUAUGAAAAUCCCAAAAGAGUCCAAAUGAGGACAUGUGACAGUCGGGUGAAAAAUAAAUGGUUUCACGUGUACGUUUUUCAUAUCUUUGGUGCUAAGACACGCUUUGCAGUAAGUUUAUACAGGUCAAACGAGAAAACGCAAGCUUUCGAGCUAGUAACUAAGUCAUGUUGGGAAGCUUUAAAACUCAGUAAAAAGCCCUAUCGUUAGGCGAAGGUAAAGGAGAUUUCGGACAAUUCUCAAUUUCUGUUGCGGUGAAGCUAGUAAGCGUGUUAUUUGUCUCAGAAAGCGAUAUCUCUCGUCAUACUUAUAAUUGUUCCUUUCGAACCUUUUUAAAAAUAUUUCAUAGCAUCUCACGCAUUGAAAAUGAGGAAAAUUUUACACAAGCAACACGUCUGUCCAUUUCAUUUUCCUGUUUCAGUUUCCCGUUUAGUUCAGAAAAUUAUGGCGUGUGAAAGCAAGUCAUUGACAGCCGUAAGUUUGCCAAGAGUUGAAAUUGUAUUUUUAUACAUCAACAAACUUAAAAUCUGAAACAAUGAGUUAACGGAAGUCCACUGCCUAAGCUCGAGAGCAGUUUUCAUCUCAUCGAAAACAGUAUAAGUACAAACUCAAGGAAUUGUUUGCGCCAAAAACAUUCAACUAAAUGAGUCAUGUCACAAUUUUAAGUUGGAUCCCGAUCGGUGUAAUCUUUAUUGGCAUUUGUGCCAAAAAAUUUGUGAAAAAAACACCGAAUUCAAGUUCUUUUUCCGUUGUGGCGGAGCGGAGAGCGAAAUUAUUGAACUCGUCCGAGGAAAGUGUUUUAAGAAAUACAAGAGGUCUUCAAAAAAUUCGGUUUUCCUCUCUAUGGUUUUAGAAUAAUUAAUUUCGUCCAUAUUGGCCUUUUUUUGUACUUUUUACUCCCUACUAAUGGGAACUACAGUCGAUCGACUUGUCACAAAGAACUCUCCGUGAGACUGCGUUUUAGAGGAAAAAACUUUUUAUCGCCAACUGUUCUCAACUAUCCACAAAACUUGUUUUACGAGUUCUUUUCAUCAUCCUACAAAAAGGUUGUUUUAUCCUUUAAAGUUUUCAGUCCUCCACGUUUGACUGUUACUUAACUUCUGGAACCAAUAAGCCUAGGAUUUCAACUGACGCCACCCAAGUAGUGAAUUAACCUUUUUUUCAUUGGCACUCUGAUUGAAACCAACUAUAUUUUGUUGCGGGUAUGGAAAGAAAUGAGUUUCAUGCGAAACAUGAGGUUUCUACGAGUUCAUCUAAGCCCGUCCCAUUACAAAAGCCGCCAUAACCUUCCACUACAACUAAGAGAGCGUGAACGCCUUCUGACCCAAGACGAGUUGCACAAAAAACCUGAAAAGAAAGGAGGAGGAGACGAACACGAAACUAUUCCCCAACAGACAAUAAAGCAUGAACACCCUCCGAUCCUGAACGAGUUGCACGAAAAACCUAAAUUGAAAGAAGAAGGAAACGAACAUGAGAUUGUUCCUUCACAGCCAAGAAAGUAUGAACGCUCUUCGUCCCGGAGCGAAUUGCGCGAAAAUCCUCAACAGAAAAAAGGAAAAGAGGAACAUGAAAUUGUUUCCCUUCAGUCAACAGAGCGUGAAUACUUUCUUUCCCAAGGCGAGUUGCACGAAAACCGUCAACAGAAAGAAGGAAGAGACGAACAUGAAACUGUUCCCCUUCAGCCAAGAGAGCAUGAACACCUUCUGCUACAAGGCAAGUUGCACGAAAAGCCCCAACAGAAAGAGGGACGAGGCGAACACGAAACUGUUCCCCUUCAGCCUAGUGAGCGUAAACACCUUCUGUCUCAAGGCGAGUUGCACGAAAAGCCUCAACAGAAAGAAGGAAGAGAAGGAAAUGAAACUGUUUCCCUUCAGCCAAGAGAGCGUGAACAUCCUCUAUCCCAAGGUAAGUUGCACGAAAAGUCUCAACGGGGAGCGAGCGCUAAAUAAUCCGACCGAGUAUCGUGCUACGAUACCGUGAGCAAAGACCAAACUAAUGAACUACCAUAGAGUGUAUUUUUCUUCUGUUAUGAAAGAAAAUGGCAUUAUUAGGUGAUGACUGCAAUGGCCGAGAAGUGCGCAAAUAAGCCGCGUUCAGGGACGACUACUGUAAACUAAAGUUGCUCGCACAAAAUUGACCGAUCCAAUAAUAUUAAACCAGCAAUGGAUUCUAUUUGAAUUAUUUUUCAUCUUUUCUUGUUUUGGUCCUGGUCACCGGUAAUUAUCCGUUUCCUAAAAUGUAAUUUGUUGAUUUUGCAUAAACGACUUCGGUAACUGAAGUGGCCUGUUCGUUACGUGAACACUAAUUGCGUUUCUAGCUGGUGCGUUACUCAAUUCACUGAGUAGAGUAACACAAUAACCAGUAACGGAUUUAGUGACACUCAUUAGUCCCAGAUGAAGGACUAAAACAUUUGCCUUAGCAUUUCUUAACUAAUAAGUUUCAACUAGGUUAGAACUCUGUCACAAUGUAUUGAAAGAAUGAUGAAAACAGCGUUUGUGUGAAGCAGUUAAUCAGACGAAGCGAAAAGCUGCUGUAAUCGCAAUUGAACACGAAUAUUUCAUGAAACUGUUAAAAAUUGAAAAGUACUUAAAACACUCAAAGAAAUCGAAAUUUAUGAUUUGGUCCAAGACAAAACAUCAGCUUUAUCGUGGAUGCUGGGAUUAGGACAUCUCUGAGAUGCGUUAAUAGAUCCUUAUUCGAUGAUUUAACAAAUAAUACGAGCGGAAUUUUUCUUAUUGCUUAAAUGUUUCCUUGCCCAAAGGCGCGCAAAAAAUACCACAACUUGCGAAAAGUCCUUACAUUCAUAGAAAUUAUAUGAUAUUAAUUAUAUUAUACGAGAAAGUGAACAAGAACGACUGAAAAUCCUCUUUUAAUGUAAUCUCUACAGUAGUUCUCUUUUUUGCUGAAAAUCCAACCCACUUUCUUGUUCAAAUUACUUUAAACCGACGGAAGAAGAUCUCAUUACUCUCAAAUUCCUUUCCAUAUUUAGGCAGGCAAAACAUCGUUAAUAUCGUUAAGGCAUAAUGUUCUCAACUCGUUUCUCAAUCUCGCGCUCCUCCGUCAUUUUUAAUAGCGGUAAAGUUGGUACGCCGCUUGGCACAAGUAAUAUUUGGCGAAACAUCUUUUUCGAUUUCAGGAAUUUUUCCGGUGGAUUUCACGAAGAAUCUUGGAUCGCAAAUUAUUUUGGUUUUUUUUUUGGAAAAUUUAUUCUUGACUCCAAUAAUUUCACCAGGAUUUGUAAUUGGUUUUUGGAUUUGAAAAACUUUCUAGAAAGGAUAGAAAAAUAUGAUUCAAAAUAUUUUUUUUGGAUUUCAAAAAUAUUUUGGGAUUUUUCCCUAUCGGCUUCCAUACCAAAACAAAUAAAGGAUAAACAAGCAUGCUUCAUCUCAUAUGAGUUUCUUUUCCAGUACUAGAAAAUAAGGAAGUCAUUCUUUUGCCAUACGAUAAAUCUGUUAUCGACCAAGCUUUUUCGGUCAAGAUCGCAGGAUAUUAGCCUCGCCCUUUUUCUGCGUUUUUAUGAACCUAGUCUUCGUCUUAAAAGAGAGUUUUCAAUGACAAUUGGCAAGUUUUUUUUAGUGACGCUAGUAAGCGUGAUUUGCCUCAGAAAGCGAAAUUUCUUCCCAUAUUUGUAAGUGCUUCUUUGUCCCUCCUCCAACAAUUUUUCAUUGCAUCUCACGCAUCACAAAUAAGGAAUAUUUGACACGAGCAACACGAAGGUGACCAUUUCAUUUUCCUGUUUCAGUUUCCUAUGUAUUUUACAAUACAAACAGUAUUGAAACGAUGGAUACUCUUAAGGAAUUAUUUGGGCCAAAAACAUUUAACAAAAUAAGCCAUUUUACAGUUUUAAUCUGGAUCCUGAUCGCUGUAAUCUUCCUUGGCAUAUUUGCCGCCGUGGAUAACACUGAAUUCAGGUCUGGUUUCCACUGUGACGGAGCGAAGGGCGACAUCACUGAAUUCGAUCGUGGAAAAUGUUUCGAUAAGUACGAGAGGAAAUACAACAAAAACAGUGUUCCUAUCUAUGGCUUCGUGAUCAUCAAUUUCCUCUUUAUUGGAAUUGUUUGUCUUAUUUACUCUCAAGUGGUGAGACCUACAGUCGAUCAACUGUCGCUCGACCAAACUGGAAACAAGCUUUUUAUCGCUUACUGCUUUCAACUAUCCUUAAGACUUGUUUUACGAAUUAUUUUCAUCAUCCUACAAACUCAGUUGCUUUAUCCUUUGAAUUUUUCCACUAAGUUUUACUGUGAUUUAACCGAUGGAACCACUCAGCAAAGGAAUUCAUGUAACAGCACCCAAAACUCUACUUGUUACGAAUGUAACAAUCAGCAGGCAAUCAAGAAAACUUUCUGGUUAAACGCUGUCCUUGCAGUAAAUGGAAUUUUUGUCCUUGUAAUUCUGAUUGAAACCGUCUAUAUUUUGUUACGGGCAUGGAAAGAAAGAAGUUUUAUGCAAAACUCAGAGUUUCUUAGAGCACAUCUAAAUCCCCCCAGUAGCAAUUCGCACCAAAAACCACAAAAGCAAGAUGACAUUAUCCCACGGCAGCCAAGAGAGCGUGAACAUCUUCCUACCCAAGGCGAGCUGAACGAAACACCUGAAAAGAAAGGAGGAGGCGACGAACAUGAAACAGUUCCCCUACAGCCGGGAGAGCAUGAGAAUCUUCCUGCUCAAGGCGAGCUGAACGAAACACCUGAAAAGAAAGGAGGAGGUGACGAACAUGAAACAGUUCCCCUACAGCAGGGAGAGCAUGAGAAUCUUCCUGCUCAAGGCGAGCUGAACGAAACACCUGAAAAGAAAGGAGGAGGUGACGAACAUGAAACAGUUCCCCUACAGCAGGGAGAGCAUGAGAAUCUUCCCACCCAAAGCGAGCUGAACGAAACACCUGAACAGAAAGAAGGAGGUGACAUACAUGAAACUGUUCCCCUACCAGCAGAGCAUAAGAAUCUUCCCACCCAAGGCGAGCUGAACGAAACACCUGAACAGAAAGAAGGAGGUGACGUACAUGAAAUAGUUCCCUCACAGCCAGGGGAGCAUGAGAAUCUUCCCACCCAAGGCGAGCUGAACGAAACACCUGAACAGAAAGAUGGAAGUGAAGAACAUGAAACUGUUCCCCUACGGCCAGGAGAGCAUGAGAAUCUUCCCACCCAAGGCGAGCUGAACGAAACAACUGAAAAGAAAGAAGGAGGUGAC